AACGCGAGCUCCGGAAGUGUUUGCAAAAAGGAUUAAAGAGCGGAGUGGAAACGCCGCGCGAGUGGAGCCGACUGUUUCUGCAGGGAUGGAAGUGACCAGGAAAAAUUUUAAAGAGUGCCUGGAUACGAUAUACAGCGCGAUACACGAAGCUGAGUUCCUAGCCAUCGAUGGAGAAUUUUCAGGAAUCAGUGACGGUCCCUCCGUGAGCGCAUUGACGAAUGGUCUGGACACGCCGGAAGAGCGCUAUCAGAAACUGAAAAAGCAUUCCAUGGACUUCCUGUUGUUUCAGUUUGGCCUCUGUGCUUUUAAAUACAGCCACGCAGAAGCAAAGUACAUCAUUAAGUCUUUUAACUUUUAUGUUUUUCCGAAGCCGUUGAACAGAAGCUCCCCGGAUAUCAAGUUUGUCUGUCAGAGUUCAAGCAUAGACUUUCUGGCCAAUCAGGGAUUUGAUUUCAACAAAGUGUUUCGUAGUGGUAUCCCCUAUCUGAACCAGGAGGAGGAGGGGCAGCUCAGGGAGCAAUACGAGGAGCGGCGCUCUCAGUCCAACGGAGCAGGGACCCCGUCCUUCGUGUCUCCCAACUCCUGCAAGGGGCCGGUUGUCAUUCCAGAGGAGCACAGAGCCUUCAUAGAGAGAGUCAUAGAGAAAGUUGAAAGCUUGUCAAACGGCUCCGAACAGUCCAGUGUGCAGUUGGAGCCCUGUACUGGAUUUCAGAGGAAGCUCAUUUAUCAGACCUUGAACUGGAAAUUUUCCAAAGGCAUUCAUGUAGAAACCGUGGAAACACAGAAGAAAGAGCGCUGCAUUUUAAUCAGCAAAGUGGAUGAGGAUGAAAGAAAAAGGAGAGAACGGCAGAAGCAGGAGAAAGAACAGGGAGAACUUGCUGACGCUGUGGGCUUCUCCAGAGUCAUUCAUGCCAUUUCCAAAUCGGGCAAGCUGGUCGUGGGUCACAACAUGCUGCUAGAUGUCAUGCACACCAUCCAUCAGUUUUACUGCCCGCUACCCGAGGAGCUGAGUGGUUUUAAAGAAGUGACGUUGUGUGUGUUUCCCAGGCUUUUAGACACCAAACUCAUGGCAAGCACGCAUCCAUUCAAGGAGCUCAUUCUCAACACGUCUCUCGCAGACCUGGAAAAGAGGUUAAAAGAAGCGCCUUUCAAGUCCCCGGAAGUUGACAGCGCCGAGGGGUUCCAGAGCUACAACACUGCCUCGGAGCAGCUGCACGAAGCCGGUUACGAUGCCUACAUCACCGGGCUCUGCUUCAUCUCCAUGGCCAACUUCUUGGGUUCGUUCCUCAGCCCUCCUAAACCACACGUUUCUGCCAGAUCGAAGCUCAUUGAGCCCUUUUUCAACAAACUCUUCCUCAUGAGAAUUGUUGACAUCCCCUACCUCAACCUGAGUGGACCUGACUUGCAGCCAAAGCGAGACAACGUCCUUUACGUCACGUUUCCUAAAGCGUGGAAGACGAGCGAUCUCUACCAGCUCUUCAGUGCCUUCGGGAACAUUCAGGUGUCCUGGAUUGAUGACACUCGCCGAGACUAA